AUGUGGCGCGGCGUAGGUACUAAUUUCAUUCUAAACUCAAACGGAAUUGAAUUCUACGACAAAACAAGCGACCCUUGGUAUCGUGCAACUGUCCCAGGGGAUAAAGUCUACGAGCUAAGCAAGAGCGAGAAAUUCGUGAUAUACCAGCCAGAAGAGGCAGCCUCGCCUAUGGGCUGUGUCAAACAGUACCAGUUCUGCAAUCCCUCACAGUCGAGCGACAAUUGCGGGCCUCUUGCCGGUUGGUACGACGCGGCACUUGAAGCAGCGCACUUAUUCGGCAUGGCAACAAAGGACAUGGAGGAUGGAAUCGAUCCGCCCACGAACAAACCCAUGGCUUCCCGCUACAUGUGGCUCCUCGAGGUAUUGAGCCUUGGCCAAGCCAGCAUCGAUAAAAUUAUCAUGGAUCUAGGCCCGGAUGCUCUGACCUCCCCCAAGUAUCUCAGCAGCGGGAUCAUGGGACCGCUCCCAACUAACCAGUGGCAGCUUGACGUCCGCUACUGGUGGGCCACGUAUCUAGCAACUCUGCAGGCGGCGGUUGUGAACACGGCUCACGGUCCAACGGAUCUAGCGCUUGAUCCUUACAUGGUGCUGCCAUUCAACUCUCACGCGCGGGACAUAUGCAACAACCAGAAGAUCCGCAGUACCAAGCAUGUCUCCUUCAGCCUUUUCGGCCUUUACUUCACCUUGGUCACCGGCGUCCUGAUCAUCGUCACAUCUUACAUCUUGGAGCCCAUCUUCGAAUGCCUCUACCGUCGUCGAAAGUACAGGGAGUACACAUUCCUCGAAUGGUCCGCAUCAGAGACACUUCAGCUCCAGCGCAUCGGGUUCCAGGGGGUUGGUUCCGGCACCUGGUCUGGCUACACGGAUAGCAUCCCCAGGACAAAACAGGGCGAGGUCAUUGCAAGCCUGGCGUUGGAAUAUUCUCCGGAGGCGGAUGGCAGGGAUGGUGGUCGUGGGAGCCCAGAGAAGAUGAACAGCAGCAUGACCGGCGCCGGAGGCACAGCCAGUCGAGACGAGGAGACUGAUGUGGCCUCCUUGGAUGACCUGCUCGACGCGUCAGGGUCUCAGAAUGGCUCAGAGGAUGGCUCAGACCCAGCUUCGCGUUGGCCAUCCAUAUCAGGAGCUAUGAUAGAGCUUCACGGGAACAGUUGUGGUUCUGGAUCAGAGCUCACUACGCGGGGACCGGCCGCCGGGGAUGUCUUCAGACCCGACACCUAA